CCGGAGAAGAAGUGCGUUGUCUUUAGGGGAGAAAAGCGAAAGGAUAUUUAUGGAGCUCAAUAGGUUGGUUAUCUUGUCGCUGAGUUUUGUGCUGGUCUCUCAGAUAGGGUUUUGCAGAGAGGACAGUUUCAUAAGGAUGCCGAAGACGAUGAACCUUCUCGGUGGUGUUCGGGAUUGUGGAGGAAUCCAAAACAGCGCUGAGAUAGAGAGCAUCGCUCGAUUCGCGGUGCAAGAGCAUAACAAGAAUCAGAAUGCCCUUCUUGAGUUUGCGAAGGUGUUGAAGGCCAAAGAACAGGUGGUUGCUAGCAAGAUAUACUAUCUAACCCUGGAAGCCAUUGAUGCUGGUAAGAAGAAGAUAUAUGAAGCAAAAGUUUGGGUGAAGCCAUGGAUGAAUUUCAAGGAGUUGCAAGAAUUUAAGCAUGCUCAAGAGACCAAGUCAUUUACCUCUUCAGACCUUGGUGUUAAACAAGAUGGCCAUGGGUCAGAAUGGCAAGUAGUGCCAACUAAUGAUCCUGAGGUCCAGGAUGCUGCAAAUCAUGUUGUUAAAAGCAUCCAGAUGAGGUCCAACUCGAUUUUCCGAUAUGAACUUUUAGAGAUUCUUCUAGCUAAGGCCAAGGUCAUUGAAGGUUCAGCCAAAUUUGAUUUGCUUCUGAAGUUGAAAUGGGGAAGUAAGGAUGUGAAGUUCAAGGCUGAAGUAAAUAAGAAUAUUGAAGGAAAGUUCUGUUCAACCCAGUGGAAAGAAGAUCAUCUCUGAAUCUGGUAAUCAUCGUCAUUUGUUCGAUAUGUGUAAAUCGAUCAAACCUAGUACACAAUGCUUGAUUAUACUGAUGUUACUUUUGUUGGUGCGAGUUGGAUAAGAAAACACCAAGUUCCAUAAUAGCAAACUUAUAUGUAAAUAUGUUUUGUGAUUUAUGUCAGAUUGCUUAUACCUAUUAUCAUUGCUUAAACUUAUUGC